AUAUAAAGAAUAUGAAAAAGUAGCGACUUGCCACCUAUUUGUCGUACAAAAUUGUGCAUCCUGUUAAUUUUGUGUGAAAGAUUUUUGUGCUUAUUGUUUAAAUUCUGUGGUUUUGAUCGACACUCCAAGCAAGUCGCUUUUUUUUCUGAAGGCUAAAUUUUCUUUGUUGUGUUUGAGUCACGUCAUUAUGAAAGCGAAAUUUAAAUGAUGAUAUUACGUUUGUGUACAUAUUCUGAGAAAGGAAUUCUGGUGUAUCAAGUUUUUAAAUAUUUUAUCUUACAGAAGGUGUAAUAUAUAUGCUUAAAAAAGCAAAUUUAGGUGGUGAUUACUGCAUAAAAUCUUUGGAUUUUGAUGAAGAUGUAGCUAGUGACCAUGAUUUUGAGUCACCCAGCUGCAUUAAAGAGUUUGAAGAGGAGGAAGAAAAUAUGGAUGAUAGCUUAUCUGAUGAUGCUGCUGCACUAGAUGAUUCAACAUAUAAUGAUGAAGAUGAUGAUGAUGAUGACUAUAAUGUUAAUACUUUUCCCGAAAAUAGAGUUCUGAAAAGGAAAUCAGAAGCAUCCAAUGACAGCAGCUUUGAAAAGAAAAUGUGUAAACAACCAGAUUUUAUUGAUGAUGAAGAUUCAAAUAGCCAAAAUGAUGUGGAAGUUUUUACACCUGAAGUGGAUAAGUGCCAGUCAGCAUUGUCUAGAAAAAUUAAAUCUACUUCAGCAGCACCUGCUCCUCCAGGAAUUGAAGCAUGGUUGGCCAAAUUUCAGGAAUGGAACAAUAUGGAUCGUCUUUCAGCACUGGAUCGAUUGAUAGAUAUAUGUGAUCCUGCUCAAGUCAGACAUAUGAUGAAUGUUAUUGAACCUCAGUUUCAAAGAGAUUUUAUUUCCCUUUUACCUAAAGAAUUGGCUUUAUAUGUUUUAUCCUUUUUGGAACCUAAAGAUUUAUUAAAAGCUGCUCAGACUUGUCGAUAUUGGAGAGUUUUAGCAGAAGAUAAUUUAUUGUGGCGAGAGAAAUGUCGUGAAGAAGGCAUCAAUGAUGUUAGAGAAGUCCUUGGAAGGCGACGGUCUCGCUGUUCUAUUAGUGCCAAUAAUACUGCCAAUUCAGGUCAAAUUAUUCCUAGCCCUUGGAAGGCAGCAUAUAUGCGUCAGCACAAUAUUGAAAUGAAUUGGCGGUGUAAUCCUAUUAAACUGCCCAAGGUUCUGAAGGGCCAUGAUGAUCAUGUGAUUACAUGUCUCCAGUUUUCUGGAAAUCGUAUUGUCAGUGGUUCUGAUGAUAAUACUCUUAAAGUAUGGUCUGCAAGCACAGGGAAGUGCUUAAGGACAUUAUCUGGUCACACUGGUGGAGUUUGGUCAUCCCAAAUGUGGCAGAAUAUCAUCAUUAGUGGUUCUACUGACAGAACUUUAAAAGUGUGGAAUGCUGAUACUGGGCAGUGUAUUCACACAUUGUAUGGUCAUACCUCAACAGUACGUUGUAUGCAUUUACAUGAAAAUAAAGUUGUCAGUGGAUCAAGGGAUGCGACUCUCAGAGUGUGGGAUGUAGAUACUGGUAAAUGUUUGCAUGUUUUAGUCGGCCAUGUUGCUGCUGUGAGAUGUGUACAAUAUAAUGGAAAACUAGUUGUUAGUGGUGCAUACGAUUAUAUGGUAAAAGUAUGGAAUCCUGAAAGAGAAGAGUGUAUCCACACACUACAAGGACAUACCAACAGAGUAUAUUCCUUACAGUUUGAUGGUGUUCAUGUGGUCAGUGGAUCUCUGGAUACUUCCAUACGUGUCUGGGAUGUUGAAACCGGAGCUUGUAAACACACCCUAAUGGGCCAUCAAUCUUUAACUUCAGGAAUGGAACUGCGGAAUAAUACUCUAGUGUCAGGUAAUGCUGACUCUACUGUAAAAGUAUGGGAUAUUAGUAGUGGCCAGUGUCUCCAAACUUUAGCUGGAGCAAAUAAACACCAAAGUGCUGUGACAAGCCUACAGUUCAAUAACAAAUUUGUGGUUACAUCCUCGGAUGAUGGCACUGUUAAAUUAUGGGACUUAAAAACAGGAGAUUUUCUGAGGAACAUUGUAGCAUUGGAAAGUGGAGGCAGCGGAGGUGUAGUGUGGAGGAUACGAGCAUCAAGUACUAAAUUAAUUUGUGCUGUUGGUAGUAGAAAUGGAACUGAAGAAACAAAACUACUUGUGUUAGAUUUUGAGUCAGACCGUUAAUUGUGUUUUUCUCCAUUCAAAAGUUUACAGAAAUCCUUUUGUGUGAUCCAAGUAGCACACAAGUAUUUCUUAUCUUUCUUUUUGUUCAAAAGGUGCUAUAUGUCACCGCUGUGUUGCAUGAAAAAAAAAAAAAAAAAAUGAAUUAAACAAGAAGUUCUUCAAGUUGAAUGAAGAAGGUUUUUAAAAAAACGAGAAGAUCAAUAUUAAGUUCACUUCAUGGAAGAUAUGAUCACAGUAAUCAUAUUUCCUUUUGUCUUCAUGUUUUUCAAAACUGAAUAAUUUCUUACAUCUGGGUUUACAAAAAAAAGUGUAGAAUAGCCACUAGUUUCCUAAAUUUUCAUGUUGCAAUAGUGUUGCUCAUUGUGCUGGACACAGUUGAAUUCUACUUUUUUCUCGUCAGAAUACUAUUUUGUCCUGCCAUAUAUUGUAAAUAAACUGCCUUUAUUUUAUAAAAUUUUUACUUUGUUUGCUUUGUCUUAUUUACUUUUUUUGUUAGGUAACAUGUAAAAAUUUAAAAGAAAAAAAAAAAAUGAGCUUAAGUCACACAUCUCUAGUCAUGAAGAAAUUUCCAUGGAUUAGUAACAUU